AUGUUGGCAUGGGUAUAUCCAGUUCGUCUAAUUCAAGCCGUGUUUGCGCUCGCAACCAUUGGCUUGACUGCAUACAUCAUCGCAUCCCUAUACGAUGAAUGGUCCGUCUCCAACGUGAUUUACUACAUGCUCUUCAAUGGCUGCUGGACCCUCGCCAUUGCUGUGCCCUACCUGGGUCUGGCCCCAAUUUGGCUUCCGCGCUUCUCGCAUGAAUUCGCCAUUCCCGCCAUGGAGUUUGUCACCAUGGCCCUGUGGCUGAGUGGAUGGAUUGCUCUGGCGGCGUUAAUCCCCAAGCCUAGCCUCUGCAACUACGCCAGUUGUCACGCCGUGCAGGCGACUAUCGUUGUUGCGGCCGUUGAAUGGGCCUUAUUCGCGUUCACUAAUGUCUACGCAUUCAUCGAUGUUGCCAAUUCUCGUCGAAACCGCCACCAUCACGAGCAGCAGCCCGCUGUGUCCCAAGUGACUCCUGGCGAGACCGCUUGA